AUGGACUUCCAGAACCGCGUGGGCUCCAAGCCCGGCGCCGGGGGCGUCGCGUCUGACUCCCAGCAAAAUGUCGACCGUCGCGAGCGGCUGCGGAAGCUCGCGCUUGAGACCGUGGACCUCACGAAAGAUCCGUACUUUAUGAAGAACCAUUUGGGCUCGUACGAGUGCAAAUUGUGCCUCACUUUGCACAAUAACGAGGGCAAUUACUUGGCCCACACGCAGGGCAAACGCCAUCAGACGAAUUUGGCUCGACGAGCAGCAAAAGAAGCCGCUGAAGCAGCUCAUUCCACUGCUGCUGCUAAUCUCCAGGCUGCGAGAGCGGCAGCUGCAGCAGCUGCGGCUCGACCGCGAGCCCUUAAAAUUGGUCUGCCCGGCUACAAAGUCACGAAACAACGGGACCCGGAUACAGAUGCACGGAUCCUGUUGUUUCAAAUUGCGUACCCUGAAAUUGUCGACCAGAUGCAGCCUCGACAUCGGUUCAUGUCGGCUUUUGAGCAAAAAGUUGAGGCCCCAGAUAAACGGUGGCAGUACCUGCUGUUUGCGUGCGAGCCGUACGAGACCGUGGCGUUCAAGAUCCCCAAUCACGACGUGGACAAGAGCGAGGGCAAGCUCUUUAGCAAUUGGGACAAGGUCGGCAAGACGUUUACGCUGCAAUUGACCUUUGUCGAGGGUGAUGCGGCGACAAAGAACCAACCGGCACCACCUCCCCCUCGUCCGCAGCUACGGUAUCUCUAG